UUCAAAGCUCCUCAAACAAAAGCAGAUAGAAUCACGAAUCGCCUGAAAUGAACAUGAGAGUUUUCUACAAGAGUCUGUUGUCUUUACUGGGCUUUUUCUCAGUUCAGACGACAGCAGAAACAGAAGUGAACGUAGCAAGAUGGGGAACAGCCGUUCAGUCAACAACAUAUUACACCUAUUUUUAUGGCUGGCAUGCCCAAAAGGCUGUGGAUGGGUCAAGCUCCUACUGUUCUCGUACAAACACACAGAGUGACCCGUGGUGGAGGCUGGAUCUGAAGAACAUGUACACUGUGAACAGAGUGACCAUCACUAACAGAAUCUGUGGAAGUGUGAACUGUGAAAUCUGGAUUAACGGGGCAGUGAUUCGGAUUGGAAACGAUUCUUCAAAUGUUUUAGGCAACCCAGUAUGUGCUACAGUUUCUUCUAUUCCGGCAGGAGCAACCAACAGCUUCUCGUGUCCUGGGAUGAAGGGACGCUAUGUGACUGUAAAUAUUCCUGGAACUUCAAAGAUUCUUUCUUUCUGUGAAGUGGGAGUCUAUGUGAUUUUUCCAGAUGCAAUCUUGCCCUCACCCACUCUUCCCGAGGACAUUCCCACAGCUUUUCCAGAGGACGUUCCCACAGAUCUUCUCCAAGAUGGAGGUAAUCCGUAUGUCACUGAGAUUUUGCCUAGCCAGGAUGUUCCUCAAGCCAGUCUGUCAGGGAGGACACAGAAAGAGAUUUGGAAACAGCAGAGGAGCUCAGGAGAGUAUCAGUACUAG